UUCAUUUUUCCCGCCCAUUGUCUCGACCAAUUGGGUUUUGGUUUGUUUACAUGUGAAAAUGGAGUCAAUGGAAGUGGAUGAAAAUUCUCCUCAGUUAUAUGUUCGCACGCCGGAGGAUGUGAAAGCUAUUGUGAAACAUGCCAAACUGGACGAGCGCCAGUUGACACAACUCACUCAGGCGCUUUACUUUCCCUCGGCGGACGUGGAUUCGGAAAAUCUUCGCCUCCUGGAGUUGGAUGGGCACAUGCUAGAGCAGAUACGUGACGGCCAGACGCUACAUUUUAAAGGCGGCCAGAACGAGAAAGUGGUGCUUUGCACCGACGAGCGUACCUAUGAUGUGAAGGGAGCCGAAAUCUCAAACAGCUUGCUUCUGGUUCCGGAUCUCAAGUUCGCCGCCGCUACCAGCACCUCGCCACUAAAGAGCCCGCGCACAGGCAAUGCAAAUGCCUCCUUGGAGCGGAGUCUCAACGACAGCACGGAGGACGAACUGGAGGUGCCAAGGACCCUGGAGCAGCGACCGGUGCUCAAGGUGUUCCAUGAGUACUUCGAGUGUCGCGAGAUAAAACCGCGUUUUCGAAAACUAGGCGAGCUCCUGCAACUGACUCGAUAUUCGGGGCCGGAGAACGAGUUUUGCGUUGAGCAGAAACUGCUCUUCACUCUCUCCCAACUCCUGGACACGGUGCAGUGCAGCCGAGCGCAGUUUAUGGAAGGAUUAAACCAAUAUAGAGCCAUUGAGCUGGAUGGUCGAAUGCGCGUAAUGGAAUACGAAUACGAGUACAGAAUAAUAAGCAUGAUGCUGGGAGUGGUCAGCGAAAACUCCUGGGCUCUGGAUGAAGUGGAACGGGAGGAAACAAUCGACGCUCUCAAGGGCAUCGCUCCUGAAGAUGUUGUUGCCGGGCUUUUUGAUAUAUAUACCAUCCCAAGCGAACGUUGUCCGGGAAAGUUUGAGUACCAAGAGUCGCUGGUCUCCCGGAUAGUAGCACAAAACAUACUUCAGCCCGGUUUGCGAUUUCGCAAUGAAGAGUUUAUGCGCACCUGGCAGGAAGCGCUACCAGAGGGCAUGACCUGUCAGUUGAAGUAUCUUCGGGGGCUGGGAAUUUGCGACAAGGAAGGUGCUCAGCCCUGCAUCCGCUCUCUCUCCGAGGAGCAACUGCCAACAAACAUCAACGAUCGUAUGAAGGCGUUAUUUAAGACGAAACAAAGAUGGACAAUGGAGGAAAUGGAGCCAUACAUUGAAUGUUUUACUACCCCAACUUUGUCCGUAUCCACGUUGCUAGCAAAGCACGCCCGUUCGCUAACUGAUGGAGGAGUGCGAUACUUUGUCUCAAAACAUUAAUAGAUUAAUUUUUGUUAUCCUUUAUUUAAUUAAAGUAUUUUUUAGUUCGUA